AUGAGGAUGCUCCUGCCACUGGGGCUCCUCUUUGCUGCCCUGUCCUUAGGAAGAUGCAUCCCCCUGCAGCGGGCCGACCGCAGCAAACUGCUCCUGGUGUCCUUUGACGGCUUUCGGUGGAACUACGACCAGGACGUGGACACCCCCAGCCUGGACGCCAUGGCUGCGGACGGGGUGAAGGCCAAGCACAUGACUCCUGCCUUCAUCACCCUCACCAGCCCGUGCCACUUCACGCUGCUGACAGGGCGGUACCUGGAGAACCACGGGGUGAUCCAUAACAUGUGGUUCGACACCAAAACAGGCCUGAAACUGCCCUACUACACCACACAAGGCAUAAGCAGCUGGUGGGACAACGGCAGCCUCCCCAUCUGGAUCACUGCCCAGAGACAGGGCUUGAAGACAGGCUCCAUCCACUUCCCUGGAACCAAAGCGAAAUACCGAGGGGAAGAAGUGUACAAGAAGUUGGUGGAACCCGCAUUGUUCAACUACAGCAACGAAACCAACUGGAGGCAGAGCAUCGACACCGUCAUGCAGUGGUUCACAGUGGACAACCUCGACUUCAUCACGCUCUACUUUGGGGAGCCAGACUCCUCAGGACACAAGUUUGGCCCUGAAUCCACAGAGAGGAAAAACAUGAUCAAGCAGGUGGACAGAACCAUCGGUUACUUGAGGCAGCGCAUCAGGGAAAGCGGCCUGGAAUCAAACCUCAACCUCAUCAUCACAUCUGACCACGGCAUGGAGACCGUCCUGGAAACCGACGAGAUCCACAUCCGGGCCGUCAGCAACUUCACCUUCAAAGACCUCGACUUUGAACUCCUAGAUUAUGGACCAAAUGGACUCCUGGUGCCAAAAGAAGGGAAAUUAGAGCAUGUGUACUCAGUCCUGAAAAACGCCCACCCAAAACUGCACGUUUACAAGAAGGAAGAGUUUCCAAAGAGGUUCCACUACGCCAAUCAUUCCCGGAUCACCCCGCUUUUGUUGUACAGCGACCCGGGCUACGUGAUCCAUGGGAGGUACAAGGUCCAGUUCAAUAAAGGGGCACACGGUUUUGACAACGAGGCCAUGAACAUGAAAACCAUCUUCCGUGCCGUGGGACCGGCCUUCAAGAAGGGGCUGGUGGUGGAGCCCUUUGAAAGCGUCAACGUCUACGCCCUCCUCUGCGAGCUGCUGGGCAUCACCCCCGAGCCCCACGACGGCUCCCUGGAGGUCACCAAGCCCAUGCUGAGUGAACCCACGGACGAUGACAGUGACAGCAACGGUGAGCAGCGGGAGUCGGGGGGGCAGCGGGAGCGGCAGCAGGCACCGGCGGUGACAGUGGGCACCAGGAACAGCAACAGGCACCAGAAGUGGCAAUGGGCACCGGGAGCAGCACCGGGGGCGGCACCGGGGGCGGCAGUGGGAACGGGGAGCGCACCGGGGGCAGCACCGGGGGCGGCAGUGGGAACAGGGAGUGCACCGGGGGCGGCAAUGGGCAACGGGAGCAGCACCAGAGGCGGCACCGGGGGCGGCAAUGGGCACCGGGAGCGCUCCAGGAGCAGCAAUGGGCACCAGGGGCGGCACCGGCAGCGGCACCGGCAGCGGCAUCGGGGGCGGCAAUAG